AUAUACGCUUUCUUAUUUAAUUUAUAUAGUGCUUGAUUAGUAGUUGAAUGAAAAAUAACGCUAAAAUUGUGUUGCUAUGGGUUAGCAUUGUUUACGGUGGAUUUCAUCGUAUUUUAUUUAAUUGACAUCGAAAAUUUAGACGUGGGUCACGAAUAUUUUUGGUUUAUAUUGAACCAAUUAAUUCCUAAAUAUGAACGAUGAACAAAUUGUUUUAACAUUGCCUGAUACACAAAGUGCAGAGUCGGUAUGUUUGACUCAAUCUCAAGAGUUAUCACAAAAAAAAGUUACAGUCGUAUGGGGGAGAUUAUGUCCCAUUAAAUUACCUUUUAAAACAAUGGAAAUGACCAAGGACGUUUAUACGCUUGGUCGUUCAGAAAAAUGUGAUAUAUGUAUAACCGAAAACGAGUUAAAACCAAAAUGGCUUAGCGUAAUGAGUAAACAACACUUUAGAAUAACUAGAGAGUUCAUUAAUAGUAAUAUAAAUGAUGCAAUAAUAUAUUUAGAAGAUUUAAGCCAGAAUGGAACUUUUAUUAAUAAAGUAAAAAUAGGCCGUGGGAAGAAAGUUGUAUUGGAAAGCAACGAUGUGAUAUCUUUAGCCCAACCAAUUCUUACAGUAUAUAUAUUUAUGAGCACCAUUGCAUUUGAAAGCAACGAUUUGCCUUUAGAACUAAAAAGCAAAUAUGCAGUGUCCCGUAAACUAGGAUCCGGGGCAUGUGGAGAAGUAAAAAUGGUAUUUUCCAAAAUUGGAUGUAAAAGAUUUGCAAUGAAAACAAUUAUGAAACUGGGCGGUGCAAGCGGUCUCAGACAUCCACUGAAUGACCCAGAAAAAAUUAUGAACGAAGUGAAAAUAUUAAAAGCUUUGAAGCAUCCUUGUAUUAUUCGAUUGGAAGAGAUUGUGGAUAGUCAAAAAGCUGUAUAUAUAGUUUUAGAAUUAAUGGAAGGUGGUGAGCUAUUUGAAAGAAUCAAAAACAGAGGCAGACUAUCAGAAAAGACUGCAAAACUGAUCUUUUAUCAAGUUGUACUUGCUGUUAGUUAUCUUCAUGACUCUGGUAUAACACAUAGGGACUUGAAGCCAGAAAAUAUAUUAUUAGCUAGUGAUUCGGAUGUUACAUUAGCUAAAGUAUCAGACUUUGGUUUGUCGAAACUAGUUGAUGCACAAACUAUGAUGAAAACGUUCUGUGGAACGCCUAUGUACGUUGCACCAGAAAUAUUAUUUAAUACUGGACGUGGUUCUUAUACGAAUCAAGUAGAUGUUUGGAGUCUAGGAGUAAUAUUGUACGCGUGUUUAAGCGGUGCAGUUCCUUUUAAUUGCCAAGACAAGAAUGUUAGCUUGCAAGACCAAAUAAUGAAAGGAUAUUAUAGUUUUCCUGCUUCAAAAUUUGGACACGUCUCUGAGAAAGCUAUAAAUUUGAUUAAAUGUAUGAUGACGGUCAAUCCAAGAAAACGGAUUACCAUAAAACAAGUUUUGUUACAUCCUUGGUUACAGGAUCGUGACCUUCGAGACACUAUUGACAACUUAUUAUCGAGAGACGAUCAGGAAAAUACAAUGCCUUCAAGUGUCUCGAGGAAUUGUCAAGUCAACAGUGAAUACAAACGUAUACUAAAACGAGCGCGACUGGAUGCAUAAGUACAAAUAAUAGAAUUAAGUAGUAAUAUAUCAUCGAUAAAAAUUUACUUUCAGAAAUUUCUUAUUUUUUUUAAUAUUACGUUUACAAAAUACAAUAACACAAUUUCGAACUUUUCGUAAUGCUUUUUCAGAAAUUAAUGAGUUGCAAUCUAUUCGCUAUGUAUUAAGCGAUGUAUGCGCGAUAUAACCUGAAUAAUUUCCAGGCCAACAAAAAAGUUGAAAAAUAUACCAUAAAAGAUUAACAUUUUAGUUCAUAAAGUUGAUAAAAAAUGAGAUUAAAAGUAAUUAUA